AUGCGUUGUGGUUUGCGGCGUGGAUCGCACGCGAUCUCACGGAUUCACCCGAAGCUGCAGCGGUCGCCAGACCCGUCCAUACGCCCCCUCAAAGUCGUUCUUGUGGGCAGACCAAAUGUCGGCAAAUCCUCCCUUUUCAAUCGGCUGAUUAGCGGCACGCGAGGCCACGCUGCGUCCUCGCCCUUUGCCCCACUUAAGCGGCUGCAGCAGGCGAUUGUUUCUCCACAGGCGGGGACGUCGCGGGAUCGCAAGGAAGCCCGGGCAGUCUUUGGAGGUCUCCAGUUGCUUCUUGUCGACACGGGGGGCCUCGAGGACACCGAAACAACGGAGGCCUGCGCGCUGCUCACCAACAUGCGGAAACAGGUGCGCUUCGCCCUGCGAGAUGCCGACAGCGUCCUCUUUCUCAUCGACGCAACCGAAGGAGUGACGCCCGUGGAUGUUCUGCUCAGCCGUCUUCUGAACGAAUGGCUAGAUGAACAGCAGCGACUGGACAUCGCUCGACAAGAGAAAGCGACGCCUCGCUUUCCGCACGAAUCGCUUAUUGUUAGAGCCUCCGCGGCGUCUGUUGCAGCCGCUCAGGCUGAAGGGGGAGGAAGUCUGAGACAGCGGGCUCAUGCAGGCGCCGCCGGUCGAGUGUCUCUUGUCGCGGACACCGGCGGAGGACCACCAAAGAGACAAAGUAGGCAGACUCGAACAGACGGGACGGGGAACGAUUGGAGCGAAUGGAGCCGCGGCAACGAUCACUGCUUGGCCCACCACAGCCGCGACGGGAGAGAAGCGGCCUCCCGUGACUCCGCCGGAAACGGGCGACUUUCGCCUCUUGCCGAACACGAACGGAUGCAGAACCAGGAUCCCGGAGACGCAGAGGAGGUCGAGCGCAUUCCUGUCAUUCUCGUUGUCAACAAGGCAGACGGAUGCUUCUUUGGUGACUACCUCGCGGACUGCUACGAUCUGCAUUUGGGGGCGCCUGUCCUUGUUUCUGCCAAGAAGAACGAAGGAAUGGAUGACCUGUACGAUCGCCUCGUGCUUGAAGUCGGCCACCUUCAGGAUACCACGGAAGGUCUGUUUGGGAGCAGCAACGCAGUGGAAGAAGAGGAUGAGGGCGCUCUUGGCUCAGUAGAAGACAGUGCAUCACAAGACGAAGGCUCGAAGGAAUCGGACUGUGAAGGAGAGUCUCCAGCGGAGGCAGAGGAACGGCCUCACAAGGAGGAAGAUUCAGGUUCUGACUAUGAGACCGAAGAGGGUGUUGAACUGCUACCGGAGGAUAUGGCGCGUCUUGAGGAGCGCAUGCAUCCUCCUCGUCCUUCCGAUGCUGCAGGAGCAUGGAUCGAGGGCAUGGCGAGGCGCUACGGGGAAUGCGGGAUCGAAGAGACAUUCAAGCAUUUCUCAGAUCCGAACAGUCCGCAAUAUAUUCCCUGGGACCUUUCGCAGACCUCCCUUGCAGCCGCCGCUGCCACUGCAGCCGUGGAGAGGAAGCUUCGAUCGGCGGCGAAGAUGAAGCAAACAGAAGAGGCCAGUGGGAGAAACAACGAAGCAGAAGGAACGGUCUCAGCUGAGUGCCCCGACAGUCAAACGCGUGGAAGAAGCGGCAAUGAGGACGAACGACUGCAGCAAGGAAGCGGAGAGGAUGGAGGGGCUGCUCCGACUCUCGGGAAGGAAGAGAUUCAGAUGGCGGAGGCCGAGUUGGCCGCUGCGUCGGGCCUCUCUGUGGAGGCUCCGCCAGAUUCUCUCCGCAAGCGUCUCCGUACAAAAGCCGCUCGCGACUACGUCCUUCCGAUUCGGCGGCAACUCCUCUUUGACGAUGUGAUCAACGUCGCCGUCAUUGGGCGUCCGAACGCAGGGAAAUCCACGUUGGUAAACUCCCUGCUUCAGGAGGAGCGAAUGGUUGUCGACAGUCAGCCCGGCACGACAACGGACGCUGUGGGAACGCUGUGGACGUUCCAGGGUCAUCCGUUUCGGCUGAUUGACACGGCCGGUGUGACGCGGGGCUGGAAAAUGCGGCACACAGAUCUCCUGUUGGAGGCGGGGCUUCAAACGCUCCGGAAUAUCCGAAACGCUCAGGUUUGCAUUCUCUGCAUCGACGCGUCCUUGGCAAGAGACACGGGGCAGCCAAUAAGCAGCCACGAACUGGCGCUCGCGCAUUUGGCGAGCGAGAAGGAAGGCCGCUGUCUAGCUGUCUGCGUAACCAAGUGGGAUCUUGUGCCUGAGAACGAACGGGAGAAACUUCGAAGGGAGAUUCUUGAGCGUCUCCAGACUGGCCUGGGGCACUUGAAGGGCUGCCCAGUGGUCUUCGUUGCAGCCAAGUACGGGCAGAAUGUGGAGACGCUGAUGACGAAGAUUAUGGUGCUGUACAGACGGUGGAACGCAAGAAUUCCGACUUCGAAGCUGAAUUCGUGGCUGCGGGAAUUCGUGCUUCGCUGGCCGCCUCCUUGGCGCCUCGGGUCCAAGUGCCAGGUGAAGUAUGUGACUCAAGUCAAGGCCCGACCACCCACCUUUGUCGCCUGGUCAAACGUGUACAACACCUUUCCAGUGCACUACCUGAGGCAGCUGACCAACACGAUGCGGGAGGAAUUCUCUCUCGCCGGUACUCCUCUGCGGCUCAUUCUCCGAACCACUGCCAUGCCAGCUCCCGGAAAGAAGCUCUCGAGAGCCGACGUGCUGAAGUGGAAGAGACUCGGACCGAAGCAGCAUCAAGCCGUCGCUGAUCUGGCUCGAGGAUAUCGUCCGAAGAAACCCUCGGCGGCGACCAAGUGA